UCUGGUGAAAUAAAAAUGUUAUGUUAACGGUAAAAAAAUAUUACGUGCCGAAACCGUGGUCGCGCAUUAAUAAUGUUAAUAGUCACUUGUUUGUUUUCUCUUUCAGCCGUUUGUCUGCAGUCUGCAGUCUGUACGCCAUAUUGCAGUGUGUUUUAAUAUAUUACUGACCGUGAAAUAACGUACAGUUUGUGUUUCAGGAUUUUGUGUUAAUAUUGUGUAUUUUAACUUUGUUAUAUUAUUUAUUAUCUACUAUUGUAAUGAUGGAGUUUGUUAUCGUUUUGAUAUUUUGUGUGGUUCUUGUGAUUGCUGUAAUGGUAAUUGGUUCCGGGAUGGGGAAAGCUACUUCGUCGCAGCGUCAGAUGGACAUCAUUAACGUCGCUCAGAACUUAUAUGUUUUAAUUAGAAAAGGCGACUUGAAGAAAUGUGACGUUACGCAGACGACCGCGUUUCUUCUCAACAUCGCAAAGUCAACUGUUCUCAAGUACUACAAGAAAGACAUUGAAGAAGUUUCAACACCAGGAAAAAAGAGGAAAAAAAGGCCACAGGAAGGAAAGUCACUUGACACAGUCGACGAUUUCACAGUAAAUGCAAUCAGGAAUGCAAUUUACAGGAUGUACGCUGAAGGUUUGAAUGUUACAGUCGACACCAUUUUGAAAUAAAUCAGGGAAAGACAAAUAGAUUAUUAUGGUGGAAGAUCAAGUCUUCAUAAAUUGUUAAAGAAGAUGGGAUUUUCAUGGACAACUGUUGAUGGACGAAAAGCUUUGAUAGAGAAUGAAAACAUAGUAUUGCAGCGAAUAGAUUUCUUGAGAAAGUAUAAAGAAGAAAAAGAAAGAGGUGCCAAUUUCAUAUUUGUUGAUGAAACAUGGAUUUUCCAGAGAGGCAAGGCAUUAAUUUAUUUGAAAAUUUGUUCUGUGGUCCAAUACAAAGUAUUUCAUUUCCAUUUCAUAUAUUUUUCAGGAACUGUAUCAAAGUCAUGGCAGGACAAGAGUCUACAAUCUGCGAAGAGACGUACUGUUGGAGAUGGUAAAAGGUUUAUUGUUGUUAAUGCUGGAGGGCGCACUGGCUUUGUGCCAGGAGCAGGAUUACUUUUUGUUUCAGGUCAGAAGACUGCAGACUACCAUGGCGAGAUGAAUGGGGAAACUUUCUUGAUGUGGUUUGAAGACAUGUUGGUGCAUCUUGAGGAACCCAGUGUCAUCAUAAUGGACAAUGCUUCAUAUCACAGCACCCAGGUUGAGAAAACACCUACAACGAACUGGACCAAGGCUGCACUGAUCGCGUGGCUGGAGAAGAAUGGGAUAAAACAUGAAAAUAAUUUGUUGAAAGUGGAGCUGCUGAGAAUAGCUAAACAAAACAAGCCCCGAAUACGAUAUGAGGUAGACGAGUUGGCUCGUUACUAUGGCCACGAAAUUCUACGACUCCCACCCUAUCACUGCCACUAUAAUGCAAUCGAACUAGUUUGGGCUCAAUGUAAACACCAUUACAAUAGUAACGUGGGGCGGGCCAAGAGAUUUGACAAUGAUGCAGUUGCAGCCAUCUGGAAAGAGGCUCUUGAUGCUUCCACACCAGAGAGAUGGGCGAGGUGUGUGGAUCACGUGGAGAAGCUAAUUCAAGCAGACUGGGAGAGAGAAGUCCACAUAGACAGCGGCACCAUUCCUCCACUCAUCAUCCACCUCGGCGAGGAUAGUUCAAGUGAAGACAGUGACAGCGAAGAAUUUGAGGUUACGACACAGCAAGUAGAUGGAGACAGUGAAGUACUGGCAGUUCCUCUUGAUGAUUUACCCGGGUGUUCUUAUUGAGGUCUGUAUGUAAUAAACACCUGGGCAACUGUAAGUAUUGGGGUUUGAAACAUUUUUUUUUCUUUUAUGCAUUCCCAUUAAGUAUGUUGAUUACUGGAACUUUAUGUAUUAACUUUAUAUUACACGUAUUAUGAAAUUAAUAAUAAAUUUCAUUUCUGGAUUCGUAUAGGUGUAUGUGAAACAUUUUAUUUUGUUGUGUGUCUUCAUUUUUCAGUGAACUUACUUGGAAAACAAAAAGCCAGUCCCCAUCCAGGGCCACAAAUAAAUAAUGCAUAUAAGUGGUAUAGAAAUUACUGUCAAUUCUUCACCACAAUUUUACUGUUCAUAAAAUUAUGAUUUUGUCUAAUAAGUAUACUCAGGAAAAUGUAUAUAACCAUAUUUUUAUUUGUGGCCUUAACCGGCAAAAUGGUAGGGGUUUAUUAAAUAAAAGAAGAAAAUUCAUUUUUAAAUGUUUUCAUCUGAAUUUGUUAAUUUUAUUAAACCUUCAAUCCUUAGUCUUUUCCAGAUUGCUUAGAUGGACAGCCAUAUGUAUAAUUUACAAUACUUUUUUUUUCAGAUGCAGAAAACUGUGUUGAACUGUACUAAAUGAUGAUAUUUAUUGCUUACAUAAAUGUUGUAAAUUUAUAUAUUCUCCUAAAAAUUUACUUUAAAUUAUAUGUUUUUUCUUUAGCUAACAAACUUAUUUUUUAAUAUUUUUACCAUUGGGUAUCAUAAAUAAUGUUAUGAACAUAUACAUGUAUACUUAGAUCAUAUUCAAAUUACUUAUAUAUAUAUAUAUAUA